AUGCGAGCCCCGGCGCCGCUGGCGCUGGGUUGCGUCAGCUUCGCGCUGUGCCUGCUGGAGCUGCCCCACGGCCGGGCCCUGCCGGCCCGCAGGCUCCCCCCGGCUCGGAGCCCCCCGGAGCGGAUCGCUGCUCUCCCCGCAGAGCCCCCGGCCCCGCGGCCCCUCGGGACGCUGCGACGCCGAGCCCCGGUCCCCCGGCACCGCCCGUGGUUCGCCCCCCGACCCCCGCCGUGGCACGUCCGGCGCCUCAUCCUGCGGCGCGACCCCCGGCGCGACCCCCGCCCUCCCCGGGGCCGCCGCCACUCCGGGGGACACCUGGUGCGGGUGGGCUGCGUGCUGGGCACCUGCCAGGUGCAGAACCUGAGCCACCGCCUGUGGCAGCUGCGGGGACAGUGGGGGCGCAGGGACUCGUCCCCCAUGAACCCCAACAGCCCGCACAGCUACGGCUGA